GGCGUUUUUGUCCAACUUCCGCUCAGAUUGUGCAGAGACUUCAUCAUCCAACCUUCUCCAUCUGAUCGGCUCUCGUUCUCAGAUAUGAUGGAUACACAAAAGGACAUUCGUGAUGCCAUUCGAGCAGUGCUUCCUGGUCUUUCUCAGGAGGUUUUGGCUGCUUUAGAGGAUGUGUUGGAAAAACUGGGCACUACAACCGCAGAUGAUUUCCAGUAUAUCACCGAAGGAGACAAAUUGCCUGUGCUGAAGCCCAUACAGGCCAGAAGACUGGUUGCUGCAUGGGCCCAAAAUAACUCAAUGGCUUCAACUUCAGGCAGGGCAUCCUCCUCUCCACAGUCCGUUCAAUCCUCUCAACCUGCAGCCUCACUUUCACAACCAUCAUCUGCUGAUACUUCAUCGCCUUCCCUGAGCUGCUCCCCAGUUUUGCCAACCUGGGUUGACAGUUGUCAGAUACCGUGGCAGAAGCUUCCAGAAGAGCUGAUACAGACUUUGGAACGACAGAAAAGGCCAAGUGCACGACUUCGAAGACAAAUGGUGAGGAUUAUUGUCUCUGAAAUGAUGCUGAUUUGCAAGAAUCCUACCAAACGCGACACUACUGAAAUAGCAGAAAGGAUGGUGAGCAGGUAUCCAAAGUCACUUAAGGACGUCAUUGAUGGUGAUGUUAUUGGACUUGGUUAUCAUUCCCUGGUAAAACAACUCCAGGCAAGAAUUGAAAAUGUCAAAACGACAAGACACACCAAAGAUAACUAA